AUGAUGAGUUUUACAUCUCAUUUAGUUAGAAGAUCAGCUUCAAGAUUGUUGUUCAAUGGACAGUUGCAAUAUAAUAAGAGAUUCUAUGAAAUCGAAGCAAGCGAACUGAAGAGAGGUGUCAUGAUCGAACACAAAGGAAAGCUUUUGGAAACAAUAAAGACUGAACAUCAGAAAGUCGCUAUGAGAGGUGGUUUUAUUUUGGCAGAUUUUAGAAAUGCUUUGGACGGUACAAAGAGUAACUAUAAAUUCAGAAGUGCUGAAACUUUGGAAGCAAUCGAUUUAGAGAGAACUUUUUACAAGUUUACCGAGAAAACCAAAGAGGGUCUCGUUUUCAAGAGUGUCGACGAUGAAGAUGCCGAACCGGUAGUAGUUAAAGACGCAAAGCAACUCGGUGUCUACAGUCACUAUAUAGAGUAUUUCCCACAAGAUGAAACACAAUACAGUUUCUUAGAAUAUAAUGGUAAGGUUUUAGAUUUCAGAGGACCAACCGAAGUAAAGAUGCACGUUGAUUCGAUCAGUGAUUUGAGUAACAAUUUAGUUUUACAUUUUGCCAAUGGAAGAUCAUGCAAAGCACCAUCUCAUUUAACAAAAGGAUGUGAUAUCAUGCUACGACUUCCUGAGGAAACAUACGUAACCAAAGCAUAA